AUGACGAUAGAUUGCGUGUCACUGCGCCCUAUGGAAAGCGACGGCUUCCAAGUCGUCACUGAAGUCGUCACUCACAAACUUAACCAUAUUCCCAUUUUCAAGGGUGACUUCGCCUCCCUGGCACCAAAAGUCCAGCGCUUCGUGGCCGAGAAGGCCGAGUUGAUGAAUCCUGCCGGUAUCUACAUCUGCGACGGUUCUCAGAAGGAAUACGAUGAUAUUGUCGAUAAGCUCGUCGAGAGAGGUGUACUCACACCCCUCAGCGCCUAUGAGAACAAGUGA